AUAAAGUGUAUGUUUCGAGUGAGCAGAAAAUGGGAGAAAUUUUUUUAAAUAUGCUUAUUCAAAAAUUAAAAACACGCUGGUAAAGUCACAGAUUCUAGCACUGUUAAAGUGACUAGUAGAAGUUUUUCCAGUGUAUUCUAAGCAUGUCACAGUGAUUGUCUAAUGGAAAAUAAACCUCUUGAAUCGGGUAAUGCUGUAUUACAAACAGUUCACUGUUCAGAAGGUGGUCGAGCUUUUAAAUUACUACAAGAGCGUCAUCGACGUUUGAAAGGAGUUGAAGCAGCGAAAACCGAAAUUGAUAAUGAAACGAAAAAAAGACGAAUAUGUGAUAUUCAUGAAAAAUAUACGGGGUCCAUUUUAGAAGAUUUAGAAGUAGAAUUUCAAGAACAAACAGUUGGCUUGAUCUCAGCGGAAGAAUUCAGAGAGAAGAGACAACGACUUUUAGAAAAAAUGGAAGAAAGAUCAGAAAUGGAAUUGGCCAAAAUUUCAACACCUGUAAAAUCCAAUAUAUUCAUUAGUCAAAUACAAAAAACGAAACUGUCGUUUAUUGAUGAUUGCAGCACGGAUGAAGAUGAAAUGGAUGAGUCUUCUCUAGACAUUGUGAAGAAAUCAAACGCAGCGUCACAUUUCACCUCAAAGAAUAACGAAAUAAAAAGGGGAAUCAAAAAGGAUACCACGGUCGAUACGUCUUUUUUAUGUGAUGCAGAAAGAGAAAAACGUUUGUAUGAAGAAAAAGAAAAAAUUAUCAAAGAAUACUAUUUAGAACAAAAACGUAUUAAAGAGGAACCCUUAGAGAUCACAUAUUCGUAUUGGGAUGGACUUGGUCAUCGGCGUUGUAUUCAAGUAAAGAAAGGCACUAGUGUUGGGGAAUUUUUAUCGUUAUGUCGAGAAUCAUUAGAAAAAGAAUUUCCUAAACUUAAAUCUAUUUCAACGGAGAAUUUGAUGUAUAUAAAAGAGGAUUUAAUUCUGCCGCAUCAAGUAACUUUUUAUGAAUUAAUCAAAAAUAAAGCUAAAGGAAAAUCAGGGCCUCUUUUCAAUUUUGAUGUUCAUGAUGAUGUUCGCUUAUAUUCGGACGCAAGCGUUGAGAAAGAUGAAUCACAUGCAGGUAAAAUAGUGGAUCGGAAGUGGUAUAAAGCAAAUAAACAUAUCUUCCCAGCUUCCCGUUGGGAGCUAUAUGAUUCUACCAAAACUUAUGAAAAAUAUACUAUUCGUGGAUCUUAUGAUCAUUCUAAAGAAAUUGUUCCUUAAGAAAAGUUUCUCGUUAUAUUAAAGUCAAUAGCAUGUUAGCAUUUUGAAUUGUGUCAAUACAAAAAGAUGUAAAAUUUAUUCAUUACCUUGUGGCGGUUUUCUGUUUUUCUUAAGAGAACAAUAGAGUGGACAACUUGAUAAAGAUAAAGAAGAAUGUGUUUAUUGAAGAAAAAACUUGUGUAGGUGACAAAAUUUUUUCAAGCAAUGAAAAUGUUUUGAUUACAAUUAAAAAAAAUGUUUCUUCUUUUUUGCCAACCUGAAGAAUUUAAAAAAGAAAGUGUAACAAAAAAAAGAAC